AUGGGUGAUGGUGGCGAGUACGAGGACGAGGGCGAAGAAGGGUACGCAGAAAAAGGGCAAGGGUACGAUGGGGAAGGCAACGCGUACGCGGGGGGAGGAGGCGAAGAGGGGCAAGGUGCAGGGUACAUUAAUCAGGAAGGAGAGGAGUUCGGACAAGAAAUGGAAGGAGGGGAGGGGUUUGCGGACGAGGAGGAAAAUUGGCAAGAGGGAGGAGCGGAAGACGUUUACGCGAUGGGAGCGGGAAUGGGGAAUGGCCCAGAAGGGGAAGAAGGGUUUGCGGAGGACGGGGUGGCGGCAUUUGCAGAUGCGGGUGAAGGAUACGAUGGGGAAGAUGGAAAUGCGUACGCAGGGGACGAGGUGCAGAAUCAGGCGGAAUUGGGGGAAGGCUACGCGGGAGAGGGGGGGGGAGGAGACGGGAGAGAGGGAGGGGAAGGAUAUGCGGGAGAAGGGGGGGAUGGAGUUGAGGGAGAGGAGGAGGAAGGAUAUGCGGGCGAGGGGGGGGAUGGAGUUGCGGGAGAGGAGGGGGAAGGAUAUGCGGGAGAGGGGGGGGAUGGAGUUGCGGGAGAGGAAGGGGAAGGAUAUGCCGGCGAGUGGGGGGAUGGAGUUGCGGCAGAGGAGGGGGAAGGAUAUGCGGGCGAGGGGGGGGAUGGAGUUGCGCCAGAGGAGAGGGAAGGAUAUGCGGGCGACGGGGGGGAUGGAGUUGCGGGAGAGGAGGGGGAAGAAUAUGCGGGCGAGGGGGGGGAUGGAGUUGCGGGAGAGGAGGGGGAAGAAUAUGCGGGCGAGGGGGGGGAUGGAGUUGCGGGAGAGGAAGACCAAUGCGAUGAAGAGAACGGCGCUGCAGGCGACGGCGGAGAAGGUGGCGAACCUACCCAGCCGCACAGUCAUGGAGCUGAAGAUGAUGACGACAUUGAGAAUAUCAUGUACCCUGGAGCGCAAGCAAUGGCCACACAACAGAGCCAUGCGUCGACGAUGGAUGAGGAUGUUGAGGACCAGAGAGCGUUGGAGCGGGGUAAGGGGAGAGCAAUGGCGACGCUGAAUGCUCCUCCUGCAGCGGUACGUGGAAGCAUGCUGCAGAACGCCAAACGUGCGGCGAGGAAACGUGGCCGCGAAGAAGAAAUACCAGAGCAACCCCGGCAAGCGCGUGGAGUGGGGCGAGGCAGAGGGCGAGGUGGGGGCCACGGAGAUGAGCGCGGAGGUGAGCGCGGAGGUGAGCGCGGAGGUGAGCGCGGAGGUGAGCGCGGAGGUGAGCGCGGAGGUGAGCGCGUGAAAGGACGUGGCGGUGGUCGGGGGGGAUGGCGAGACGGUUGGCUGGCCGGAGGCUUGGGCAAAGGGAUAGGCAAAGGGAUAGGCGAAGGGAUAGGCGAAGGGAGGGGAGGAGGACGAGGGAGAGGGAGAGGCCGACGGAGAGGAGGAGAGAGAGGAGGAGGGAGGGCCGGAGGUCGGGGAGGUCAUGGCGAUGGGACGGGUGGAGGACGCGUCGAAGGGAGAGGGGGGGGGCGAGGCGGCAAUCGGGGUGGCGGACAAGGAGCUGGUGGUGGCAGAGGCCGAGCUACUGGCACGGGACGGGGGAGAGGAAGGGGAGCAGCAGUUAACAUCGCGAAUACGGGUGUUGGCCCGCCCAUGGAAAUAUGCCAUGUUCAACUGGGGGCGUCUGCACCUGGACAGCAGUUUCUGGGUAUUUUCCAGCAACAGCACAUAUCACGUGCUCCGGCAGUGGUCCCAACACAUCAGCCGGUGGUGGGAACGGGAGGACCUCGGCCAGUAGCUGCAGCAGCCCCACUGAACAUGGGGUUGGCACACUCCAAUGGUUCAGGGACUGCUGCUGGUCCACCGCGAUUCAACCUGUCAGGAGGGCGAGUCGGCAGUGCCUACGCGUCUCAAGGCACAGGCAAUGCCCACCCGGCCACUUCAGCCCCUGCACCUGCACGUCCUAGAAUGAGCAACGGCGGUGGAGGAAGGGCAACGAUGUCAGGGUUACCACGGGCUCACAUGCUUAAUGCAGGUGGUGCAAGCCGAGGCGGGUCGGGCGUGGACGGGGCAGCCCAAGGGUUAACAGUGCAGGGGGCAGCACUGGGCAGCCCAAUCAUACGCAGAGAGGAUGGGGUGCCAUGGCAUCAGCUGGUGGUGGUCGUGCAGGGGCACAACCUGGAGGGUCGAACAUGGGUGAUAGAUCCCAAUCCAAUGCCAGCGGGGGUGGUAUGA